GCACUUAAUAUAGAACGCAAUGUGUGACACAGAUGGCAUUUCUUUGAGACACAUCGACCUCAGACAUGUUGCCUGCCGUAUCUGUUGCAGCAAUGUAGGUCAUUUUCUCUGGCAGCUGAACGGGAGGAACCAGAUGACGCCGAGGGCGAAAUGAGCUGGCAGAAGCAUGUGACCCGGCCAGUCAACAGAGCUGCUUCUGUUUUGCAAGCGGCAGUGUUGGUUAUCAACAAAGUAUGGAAUGUUCUACAUGAGAGCGUGACUUAACUGUUUAAACCGGUCAGGUUGAAGACGACGAGCAACCCCAGUUUACCACACAUUAAGUUAGAAGUGCUAAACGAAUGGCGUGCGUAACUAAAGACAAAAGGGAGCGUGAUGGUCUUGUGAAACACACCGGAGGCUGUCACUGUGGCGCGGUGCGUUUUGAGGUGUGGAGCUCUCCAGAUUUACACGUGUUCAAUUGCAAUUGCAGUAUUUGCACAAAGAAACAGAAUCGCCACUUCAUUGUGCCAAAAUCCCAGUUCACCUUGCUGCAGGGAUCAGACAACAUAACCGCGUACACAUUUAACACACACGUGGCCAAGCACACAUUCUGCAAAACGUGUGGCGUCCAGAGCUUCUACAUGCCACGUUCCAACCCUGAUGGAUUUGGUGUGGCACCUCACUGUUUGGACCCUGGAACAGUGAGCAGUGUCACUGUAGAAGACUUCUUUGGACAGAACUGGGAGGAAAGCAUGCAGAAGCAUCAAACUAUAAGAACAGAAAUCAGAGGGGAGGAGCCAGCUGAUGGGCAGCUCUAGGACUGACACGUACUUUCUAAGUAAGCUGAUGGAGUGAAGAGAGAAGAUCUGACAACCUGUGGACACAGACAGAUUCUUUUUUUGGGGGGGGGGGUUAAGGUUUCCACGUUUUCAUCAAUGAACAGGCCAUUUCUAAGGCUUUUACAGCUAUUUCUUAUUAUUAUAAGUUUUACAUAAAUCUACAUGCUACCGAAGAUAUUUACUAAAUGAAACUGAAAAAAAUACACAGUAAUACAACAAUUAACAAAAAAAUGAAAAUAAGUUGACCUGGAC